CGAUCAAAACCUGUGAAUAAUACGAGCUGAAGUAUGUGGCAAGGCCUGGGUUUGUGUUGGUCAAAAAGUUCAUUCUCAAGUGCACUUUGUGCACAUUAUCGUUGUCCCAUUUCCAUACGAAACUAACAACGACUGACUUCGAGAGUGGAGUCACAAGGUCUCCAUCACCAAUUGCGAACACGGAGCUGCGCUCUGUUAGAAGAUUAUUCACGUCUCACACAUGGAAUAUUUCAUUGUGUCACUUUGUUGGCACGUCAUGUAACUGGCGGUGCACGCACGAAUCACCAUAUCCGCAAUCUAGAGUGUAGGAAAGGCUGUCAAAAGCACUAGAUUUAGAUUCAAAACAGUGUCUGACGGUUGGUUAGAGAAUCCAGCUGAUCAGAGGAGCUGAUGUAGAUUUGCAUAUGAAAGAGAACAAGAAAUGUCCACUCUGUGAAGAUGAUACUCGGUUGCUUGCUUUGCUGGCGUUCGGGCGUUUUAUCCUCGCUGAGAAGAUGCCAGCAAUCUAUGGCACUUGCAUUAUACAGUGUGAUUGUCGAAUCUUGCUUGAAGUAGUGAGCAAAUAUCACUGUCUGUGGCACCAUAUGAGCUUGGGCUCGAGCUCCUCCCGUGCUAGAUCUGUCAGGCAUUCCAUUGACGAGGGCCACAAGGUUCCCGGGUGCAGGAUCAUCGGUGGGACACACGACCUUCACUUGAACUCGCCAAGCUUUGUUGGAAUUUUCGCGGCAGGAUUCGACCAAUCAAUUGAGCUCUGAGUAUAUAAGAGAUCCCGAUUCCCAUCCCAAAUGUAAACUUGGGCAAAUACAGGUGGUAGGUCAAAGGGGAAGUUCUUAGAAAGGCGUAUCUCUCGAAAUAGAACAAACUCUGCAGAAGCAGUGAUGGCUGGCACUAUUGACUCAUGUUUUGAUAGUAGCAUUCGUUGUUUUUCAAUUCGAACAGUGUACACAAAUUAGAGACAACUCUGCAAUGCUAUAUCCCAAAGCUUAGAAGUUGACUGAUCGAGCUCACUGUUCCUUUCAGAUCUCGGAUCCUUGUACUUUCUAAUCUAGUCAAGAUAACACUUUCAAUUAUGAGAACUAACAUAUUGUAGAAUUAAUAUGAAGGUUAGAAAAGUGAAAGAAAGAUAUAAAAUACAUUUGGGCACUUAUGUUCCAGCCAAAAAAAAAAAUGUCGCGAUUGUCGACUUGCGCUGUGUUGCAAGUCGGUGCCGCCGUGAAUUAUAAAAUGGAGGCACUCACUUGAUUCCACGGAACUAAGACUGUGUUGUAUUUGUAGACAAUGUUCCCGAUAUGAUUCCGGCAGUCACGAGACUAGAUGAAGCUUUGACCUGCCGACCGCUGAGUACAAGCACUCAUCCUUGAAUCUGCUGCCAUAAUUUCAAAACUAGUGAGUUGCGAGCAUCAUUUACAGACUUCAUACAUCGACACCCAUUACAGGGUCCGCAUGGAAGUUUGUAGUACCAGUAUCCAGACAUGCUCCAGGAUUCUCAUCUGUUCUUGCACUUGCUUAGGGAAAUUGACGAAUGCUCUCGCUUUGACUGACAUCACACAUUCGAGCCGUAAAUAAGCUGUGAGGUGUGAGGUCGGUGUUGGCUGUGUCCUCUGUCGAAUGGAUCCACAGAUGGAAGCUACGAGAGGCGUAGACAAAUCGCAGACUCGCAAAGCCUGAGAUCUGGUGAUCUGGAGGAGACAAUGGUGGGGAAGUUCUUAACUUUCUCUGCUGGGUGCAACUUCCUUGCCAUACAUAGGAAGAACGAUCGAAGAUUGUGUACAGAAUUCAAGUAUCGUCAGCGGCGACAAGGAGUUAGCAGGCUGGUUUAGAGCGAGCAGGCAGGACAGGGCGGCGGCUAGAUGAAACAUGAUUGGGGCUGAUCAUGCAGCAACCAAUAGCUGCCGCUAUUGCAUGACUCUCACCGUUGCUCGAAGCCGUCAGCUGACACAUUUAGCUCUACACAUUCCUGCGUACAGCCAAGAUGUCGAUCGCCAUGCACUGAUCAUGGAUGGACUGGCCUGGCAACCGAUGAACAAACGAAGCGGAAGAUAACAGAAGCGACGGCAGCACGUGAAGAGUUUCCCGGCCGAGCCAGCCGCCGAAAACAAACUGCCCUUUCCUCUUUUGAGAGUCAGCGGUAUCUGGUCCUGCAAGGAUUGGGGCCUAGCCCCAUCCCUCAUGCUUUCUAUCUCGGUUUCAAGGCGUAACACUUUUGCAAGUACAGUACUGCUAAGUUUGACGAGAACAUUCAUUCCUUCUGACAGUUGUGUGUCUUUGCAAGAUGAAAGCCGCGCAGUGUCUCAAAGACUCGUAAAAGAAGGGAGGGAGUGCUGAGGGUCGCAAAACGAGGUGCAUGUUGUACUGGAGUUGUAGAGUAUUCCACAGGUUUGUUUCAACUCAGGAAAAGUCUACAGCUUUUGGCCAUUACAUUUACCAUACAUAACAGAUGAAUGCGAUGUCCCACGGUUAGAACACUAAGCUUUGUGACUGAGACAUGUCGUCGACUUUCUCAUCUACACUCCUGAAGAAAACACUGUUUUCCUUUCUCCCUUCCAUCCUCCAUGCGUACGAUGGAUGGACGAGCGAUCGAGCCGAGAAUCUUUGAGCUCCGAAAUUGAUGUACAGCAGCUGAUAUGGUCUCAGACUUCCGGCAGAUCUGAAAGGACCUGAGCUUUCGAGCUUGUCGUCCACGCUAUGCACAUAACGGCACACAUCAGACUCUUUUUCAUUGAUGGUACAUUACUUCUUUAUUCCUGGUUGUUAGUAGUGACACUUCUUACAUGACAUGCUUACAGAAUAGAGUUUUUAUUUUCUUUAAACUAUAUACACCAUGCAGGGAUGAAGGUAGGUGAGGGCCCCUACGCUUCCAUUAUCUGGAAUAGUGUGGAUAUGUUGCCUAACCUUGUCACUUUGGAUGGGAAGUUUUCUCUACAUGUAUGUUCGGUUGCCCUAUCUCAGAUAGACAGAUCUUGGUCAUCACGAGUGAGAGCUAUAAAUAGUUCAAAGCACCAGGUGACCCAGUUCUCUGCCCGCAGUAUGGAUCCCACAGUUCAGGAGUACAUCUCUGACCUCUUUUGGAAUUACUGAGAUUCUGAUUAGAGUAUGUGAAGUUUUUAAUCAAGCCCGCAAUGUGAUGUCAAUUCGUUGUAGUAUAGUGGUAAGUAUUCCCGCCUAUCACGCGGGUGACCCGGGUUCGAUCCCCGGCAGCGGUGCUCGUGCGACUUCCUACUCAUAUUAUUUUGAUCCUUUGCCCAUCAGACGAUGGGCAGUUUAAUGUUACUAAAACAAAAAGACAAGCACUAGACUGAUGUUAUAGUCUUGUUCAAACACUUGUCCCUGUCAUACUCAGUAUACGC